AGACGGACGGGUUGGUGUGCGGGGGAGCGGACGGACGAAUAGAUGGAUGGACGGACAGACGGACGGACGGACAGACAGACAAAUGUAUAGAUGGCCGGACAGGCAGACGGACGGACUGACAGGCAACGGACGUUUGUAAAUGUGAUGUCACCAUUGUGUCGUUCAAGCUCCCGAUUCGAUGAAACUGUGAUCAGCUGAGACCUUCUAGGGGCAGAGUUGCAUUAAUUGCAUUAUAUAAUACUUUGUUUCCCAGAGGGUGUUGCUUUGACAGCAACAAACAUGGCUUCAAUUUGCUUCAAAAAAUGGAAGCGCUUCAGCCACUCUAUGUAGUAUAUUCCAGAUCGUUCGUAACACCUCAAUAUUUUGCCAAAUUGAGGCAUGGGACUAUCUGAUCCGCACUUAUGGGUGCUCUCAUCGUUUGCACACAUGCGCAGUCGUCCUCUUGUAUAUCAUGAGUGGUUCUGUGAUUCGGAUGAUAUCCGGUGAAACAUGCUGCGUGAGUAUCAGCGAGGGUGCAUAAGUAGUAUUUAAUUGAACAAUAAAAUUAAUAAUCGAAAAUGGCGUGGAUGCAGUUCAGUUUUUGUGUAAUUUUGGCUGUCGGACUUGUGAUUCAUCAUGCUUUUUGUGAUGACAUUUUGGGCUGUGGCGGAUUUGCGAAAAGUGAUAUUGAUAUAGAUUUUUCCCAAGUUGAGGUUAAGUUGUAUACGAAACAAGGCAGUUUGAAGGAUCACACGGAAUGUGCUCCAAAUAACGGAUAUUACUUCUUGCCUGUGUAUGACACCGGGGAAUAUGUUUUAAAAAUUCAACCACCGGCUGGGUGGAGCUUCGAACCUCGAGAAGUGAACGUAAAUGUGGAUGGUGUGAAUGACGUAUGCAGCAAACAGAAAGACAUCAAUUUUCAUUUUAAGGGGUUUGCCAUUGUGGGGAAGGUUGCAAGUGUUGGAAGUAAUAUUGGACCUAAAGGAGUGAAAGUAGUUUUGUUACCUGAAGGAAAAGAAGAUCCCAUUAUUCAUGAAACAUUCACUGCUGAAGAUGGUAGUUUUCUUUUCACUCCAGUACCCCCAGGCCGAUACAUUGUGCGAGCAUCACAUUCAAAGUGGCAGUUAGUGAAGAGUUCUGCUCCUGUUGUACUGUCUAAAGGCAAUGCUGAUAUAGGUGUUGGCAGUCUACUUGUGGCAGGUUAUGAUGUGUCUGGAUCAGUCACCAGUGAUGAUGAGCCAAUCAAAGGAGUUAGUUUUAUUUUGUUUCAGUCUGAAGGUGCUCCUGUAAAUAUUAAAGGCUGUGACAAAAAACCUAUUCCGGGUUUUGUAUCUGCCGAUACUCCAUUAUGUCAUGUCACAUCGGAUGAGCGUGGACAAUUUGUGUUUCCUGUAGUCCCUCCUGGGCAUUACAGAGUUGUACCACAUUAUGCUGGACCUCAGAACAUAAAAUUUGAUGUCAAGCCUACUCAGCUACCAUUUACAGUUGGUCACAGCAGCUUGCAAAUUAACACUCAGUUCCAGGUGAAAGGCUUCAGUGUCGGUGGACGAGUGUUACGUCGUGCAGGUGGCAGAGGAGUCUCUGGGGCAACAGUUCUGCUUGAUGGCAAAGUACAAACCAAAACUCGAGAAGAUGGUUCUUAUCAUUUGGAAAAUAUGCAGGCUGGCUCUUACACUCUGAUGAUUCAAGCAAAUGAUAUGAAAUUUGCUGAAUCUGUUGUGAAGGUUACUCCUAAUACUCCACAGCUAGCUCCUGUUUUUCCUGUUGCUUUCAAAGUGUGUGGAAGUGUAGCCCCUCAUCAGCUACCCUUAGCGCAACCAGACACUUCCCCUCGAAAUGUCCUUUUAACACGAGUGGGAGGCUCUGCACAGCCGCAGGUUGUGGAGACAGGUCGUGGGAACAGAGAGUUUUGCCAUUUCUUAGAACCUGGACAGUAUGAAGCUUCUGUUGAGGUGACAGAGCCAGAGAAGAAACGGGGUCUUGUAUUUUCUCCUCUUGUGCAUACUUUUGAAGUAGUGGACGGUCCUUUACUGACUGGAAUUCAGUUCACGCAGCUGAGAGUGGAUCUGUCUGGGAAAGUGUUAUGUCGCCCUGAAGCUAACUGUGAUGCACUUUCUGUUAUUUUGCAUUCUGUAUCUGCUCCAGAAAUUCGGCAUCCACUUACCUCUGCUCUUACUCAUGGAGGCGAUUACAUAUUUACUAGUAUUCUUCCUGGUCAGUAUGAGGUGUUGGUUGAUAAAGAAGAUUGGUGUUGGGAACAAUCUAAACAUAUUGUUACUGUUGGAACCACUACAAGUAAAUGGUCAGUUCCUGCAUUCAAGCACUCCGGAUAUGCCUUAAGCAUUGUCUCAUCCCACAACACACAGUCUUGGAAACGGCUUACUGUUCCUGAAGGUUCCUCAAAGUCAUGUGUUAUUCAUUCUGGUGAAUAUGAAAUUGUACCAGUUGGCUGCCAUGGUUAUUCUGACAAGCAGAUGCGAUAUUCAUUGUCAUCAACUCCUCUGAAACUUACUGCCAUUGCACACACUCUUAGUGGUGUCAUUGAGUCACAUGAGAACGUUGCUGACCUCACUGUACAAAUGUUGCGCGAUGGAAACAAGCAAAUUGCAAAGUUAGGACCUUUAAAAGCAGAGCCUUUAUCUGGAGGCAAGUUUGCUUAUAAGUUCUCUUUGAUGGCUACUGACGGUGAGGCACUCACCUUUGUCCCCUCAGCAAGUGCUCUGUUGUUCACACCACCACGUCUGAACCUUGUGGGUCCUUCAGAUUGCACUGAGCGGGCAGUGGUAUUUAAUGCCGACAGAGGACACGUUGUUGAAGGCAAAUUUAUACCUGCAUUACAAGGAGUUAAGGUUUUGGUUCGGCGAAAAGGCAGUGAAGAAGUAAUUGUAGCAGCUGAAACUGCAGAUGAUGGGAAAUACAAAUUUGAUCCUCUCCCUGGUGGAGUAGAAUACGAGGUGAUUGCAGAGAAGGAUGGCUAUGUCUUUUCUGGGCCUGAUAGCAAGAAUAUAAUGCAAGCUCAUAAGCUUGCAGAAAUUGUUGUUGAAAUUCUUGACAAGGCCAAUAGCAAGCCUUUGCAGGGGGUUCUGUUAUCUUUGUCAGGAGGAGAAAGCUUCCGCCAGAACAGUCAAACAGGUGCUGAUGGGAAAAGAACAUUCAGUUAUCUCAGUCCUGGUGAAUAUUAUCUCCGGCCAAUGCUGAAGGAAUAUCGCUUUGAACCAAAUUCAAAGAUGAUUACUGUUGAAGAAGGAGCUACUGUUAAUGUGCAGCUCCAGGGUCUCCAGGUGGCAUUCAGUGCAUAUGGAAUGGUGACUUCUCUGAAUGGGGAGCCGCAGAGUGGAGUGGUUGUGGAAGCAGUUGGAGAAGGCCCUUGUCAGCAGUAUCAGGAGGAGAGCUCUACUGAAGCAAAUGGACAGUUCAGGAUCCGAGGACUUCAUCCCCAGUGUGAUUACACUGUACGGGUGAAACAAGGUCAUGCUGUUAAUGAACAUAUUGAGCGAUCUACUCCUGUUGGGAUCCAAGUGAAGGCCACUGAAGGAGAUGUGACAAAUCUUCGCUUGAUUGUAUUUCAUGCCUGGACUCAAAUGGAUGUUGCCCUCCUUGUGGAAACCUCUUCUGCUGACCAUUUACGUACUUUGAAAGCAAAGUUGUGUCGUGAAGAUUCCCCUGAUUCACCUCUUCACAUCAUCAAGCUGGACUCGUAUGCAGGCUCACCCCCUGCCCGUCCUUCCCACACAUGUAUGGUGAUGUUCCCGCAAAUCCCUCUAGAUGGACAUGGCUACUUUGUGCAAUUGGAGUCGUCUUUGUCUCGAGCAACUCAUACCUACACUACUCAUGCUGUUCACUUUAGAGCAAACCACACGUUUAAACAGUUGCGCAUAGCCUUCCGGCCUGAGCCACGUGUAAUGGAUCAGGAAUUGAACCACUCUUCGUAUUUUGCCCUACCCCUUCUCAUUGUUUGUGUCCUCCUGUGGAUGAAUCAUCAGAAAGUGAUGCCUUUCUUGAGCAAACUUGCACAGGUGAUUAGCCCUCCUCCUGGAGGAAUUUCUGGGCGUUCAGGUGGAACCACACACCGUGACACACAUGUGACAUCAGCUGCUGAAGCUGCAGCAGACGCGGUAAUGGUCGAGCCAGUGUUGAAUGUAAGAAGUAGAAAGUCUAAAAGUCGAAAGACUUAAUACUACUUUCUGCAUCAAAGUUCUGAAACAAUAUCAGAAUUUUCCAAGAGUAGAUGAAGAUGUGUAUAUGAAACAAAAAUUAAAGGAUUGUUGUAUUUUGUGUUAAAUUAAUUCUUGGCAGAAUGGAAGUGGUGAAGGAUAUACAAGAGAUUUUAGUGCAUGAGAGAAGGGAGAGCAAGGGUAUAUGAAUAUUUGGUUACAAGAAUUUGUAUCAGGAAUGUUUAUAAGUUAAAACCAGACCAAGAGAUGAUUGUGUUUCUGGCGUGCAUUUCUAUGAACAUAUAUUUUGAUUCCUACUUCAUUUUUAAUGUGCAAAUGUUGGUGAAGUUGUGUAUUUGUAGUUCAUACUUUCUGCACAGAUAUGGCAUUUUUAAUUGGGGUGUCUUAAUGGGUGGUGAUUGUUGUAAUAUUUGCUUAUUGAAAAUAUUAUGUAAUGAGUUCUUUAAUUCCUCUAAGUGAAGAGCAUUCAGUUUUGUAAAUGUCUCAUUUUUGGAUGAGGUAUUCAGCCUUACAGCUCAUUACUGUUUUUAAUUCUUGGUUGUGAUUUAUAAAUAACUAAAACGGGUCAUUUUUCAAUGUAAUUAGUACAUUUUUAUAAAGAAAUUGUUGAAUAGCUUUUUUUUUGCUGGGGCAAAUUAUUUGAUUAUGUAAAUUCCACAAGGGCACAGAGGGCAUCAAGAAAUCUGAAAAACACCUUAAAUUUUGUGUUACAAGUUAUGUAUAUGAUCGGUUUUAUUUAUUUUUGUUACCUCUGUUUCCAAUCAUUAUGAAUAUUGCCUGGUGUCUUUGAAUGACUUCAAUAUUUAAUUUCUUGUGAAAAAUUAUGAUGUCUCAACGAAGAAUUGUGAUCAUCUUUCAGUUAAUGCUAUUUAUGAUGUAAGCCUACUGUUAAAAGAUACUCUUUGUUCCUAAGUUUUCUUUGUGUAAAGUCUACACUAUAAACAUAUUUUAUUGUACAUACAUUGAAAGAAAUGCAUAUGUAUCUAAAAAUAUGAACCCAGAGCUAAAUAUUUCAAUUUUUGUUGUGUCAUUGUUUGAAAUCAUUUAAUGCAUUUAAGUUUUUCUCAUAACUGUAACUCAGACCAUUCAAAAAUUAAUGCCAUAAAUGUAUGGGGAAGUUCUACAUAUCUCAGAGUAGGAAUAAUUCCUAUAAAUAAUAUUGUUUUGCAAAUCCUAAUGCACUGCCAAAUGCUCUAGUCAAAAGUUUGUAUUGUCUGGUGUAGCAUGUGUAUUUGGCUCGGAGCUUCCCAAUCCAUUAUCAUUAUUUUUAAUGUUGAUAACUGAGAUAAAUAAAAUUUGUUACAUUAAAAUUGAUACAUUUUCUUCUUUUCUUUUAAUAUACUAUUAUUUUUAAGUGAAUGAUAAAAUAUUAUUAGAAUGAAAAGGAGCAUGUUGAAAGUGGUUUUAUGAAAAUCAUAUAGUUGGGAAGGUUCCUGCUCGUGUUCUUGAAAUAAUGAAGGUGAUAAUGGGGGUUUGAACUGUGAAUAAUGUGGUUUUAAGGUGACAGAUAACUUGAGUAUUAUAAAAUUAUAAUCAUUUAAUAAUGAUUCAACAUUCAAUUAAAUUAAAACUUAUACACAUUUUUUACAAAACAGUAUGUACAAUGAUACGAAUACAGGAGUUCCAUACAAUUCAUAUAAUGUAAAUUAAUGUAAUAUAAAUAGAAUUGCGAUUGCCUUUUGUCUCAAGUGUGUUUUAAAAGAUACAUUUAAGGUAAAAAUAAUCUUAGUUCUUGAAAUGGAAUUCAAAAACUAUGAUUAUCACAUAAAAAAAAAAAGGAAUGACAUUGGUUUCAAAGUUGGACUGGCAAGUUCUUUGGUAGUUCAAGUUAGACUAACUGUGAAAUCAAAGAUUUUUACAUUGUUAGAUGCAUUGUUACUGAAUAAUUAUUUUUAGAGUUGUGUAAGUAAACUAAAUUGUUCAAUUAAAAGCUUUUCAUUGUAAGCAUUGUUCAAAUUUGCCAAACUAUCUACGUUAAACUAGAUCUUUUUGGUAGUUCAACUUUUAAACGAUGAAUAAUUCAUGUAAAUAAUAUUUCCUUAAAUAGAAGUUUUCAACUGCAUUCUUAUUAAAUUGUAAUUCUUAAUAAAUGAAUUAUUUUCACAUGAAUAUUCUUCGG